AGUUUUGACACUCGGAGUCACUUGAGUCUCGACACAGUAAUUUUGUAAUUGUUCAAAUGAGGUUAUAAAAAGAUUUGUAAUAAAAUUGUAUAAAUAUCUACGUAAACUACUACUACAAAAUAUCAUCGUAUUUAAUUGAAAAGAAUGGCCUUAAUUAGAGCUGGCUUGCAAAGGCUAGCCAGCGUAUUUAGCAAUGGGCAAGGUGGAAUGCUAUCAAGAUUUAUAACAAACAAUGCUCCAGCUCAAAAUCAAUCUGUAGUCGAUACUACGAAAGAUGUAAUAUCUACAUGCAACAAACUCAUUGAAGAUAGAGCUUCACGUAAUUUUGCCAUAGUACAUUUACUGGGUAAGCAGUGGAGAGUUACAGACGGCGACUUGUUAGUUGUUGAGGGAUACUGGCCGCCAAAUAUUGGUGAUAAAAUAACACUAGACAAAGUUCUGCUUGCUGCUACUAAAGACUUCUCUUUAAUUGGUAGACCCAUUGUUCAACCAGGAUUAGUCACAGUUACCGCUACAAUUAUAUCGAAAGGGCUCUCGCACACACGAACACACUUCAAAAAGAAGAGAAGGAAGCAGUUCAUGAGAAUUAACUUUCAAAGAGCUGAACAAACUAUGCUCAGGAUAAAUUCUGUUGUUAUAAAUAAUAGAAUAAAUGAAGCCCCCAAGAAUGUCUUUUAGAUAAGUAUAGAAUUUAGUUUAGAAUAAAGUGUUAUAAUAAAUGAAGUGUUUUUA